AGCGAAGCCAGCAGCGGUCAGCCGCAGACGGGCGGCAAAGCCCUGUUCGCGGACCGGGCGCUGCUGUGGCACGCGUCGCCGUCCUUUGCCCGCUGCAUCGAUGAGGCGAUGGGGAAUGGCAGUGGUGGCGCCAGCAAGCAAAUUGUGAUCCCAAUGCCGGCGAGCGAGGAGGCGGCCGUGUGGGAGCCUGUGCUCCGGCUGCUGCGGCAAGAGGACCUGCUGCCAGUAACCUGGGCCAACCUGCCGGACCUGCUGCGAGUGGCCCACACCUACGACAUGGCCGCAGUGCGCUCCGCCUGUGUGGUUUUCAUCUCGCUGCACGUCAGCCAGGUGUCGCUGCGGGACGCACCGCUGGAGUCCGCGCAGAACGUGCUGCACCUGGCGUCCCUGGCCAACAGGUACCUACACAUGAACAUUGUUAUCCUUCCCACCGGCAGCACCAGCAGCGGCAGCGGCGGUGGCGGUGACACUGGUGUCAGCAGCAGCAAAGGAGGCGCCUCUGCAGCUUUCAGAGUCUCUGGCGGCACGCAGGCCUGUGCUGCUGCCGCCGACACACACCGUGCCGGAUUGGAGCCGCAGCUGCUUCCCCUCGUGGCGUGCAUACCGGCGGUGAUGCAUAACGCCCUGGCGCCGCUGCGGUAUGACCAAUACCAACCCUCACAAUCGUACCACUACGCAAGGCCGGUGGGGGAGAUCUCGUGGCACCCCGCGUACAAUGUGACUGUGACCGAGCCCAUGCCCGUGGUUGACCGGCUGCGGGAAAUCUCCGGCCAUCCCAAGUACAAGGCGAUUGUGACCGAGCCCGUGCGGGAUGCGGUGUUGGCGGCCCUCCUGGCGGGCUUUGCAUGCGAGACGCCGUUCAUCAUCUCUCAAUGAGGUCCGCCCUUGAGCCCGCCAGGCAGGUUACACCCUAGCUAUCCGUGUCGUCCAUCUACGCUGUAGAAAGGUUGCUUGCCCACAUCCGCCGAAGGCGGUAAGAUUUCCUGGGUAGCUUCAGCGGAGCAUAGACGUGUUGGCGCGGACUUGGUAGGAUCUUCAACGUUUAGGGCGGGGUGGGGGGGGACUUGGCAGCUUGCCCCUUAAGAGCAUUUGCCGGGCGGAUAGAGACGGUGCGAAGUACGCAGGUGUGGUGGACCUCUGGGCGGCAUGCAUCGCCUGGUGGGCAAUGCCACAGGAGCAGCAUAUGAUUGAGUGGUAUGACGGAUUGAUAUGAUGAGGUGUGGACUGUGGACAGAACGAUUGCUGCUUGCAGUUGAUGCUGGCAUCAAGUCAGCCGGUGCAGCAGGAGCGCCUUGUCAAGGCUUUCUGAAAGAGUUGUGAGACUUGCGCGCCGUCGGGCCUUCCUGCCACGGUCAGCGUCCUGAACAAUGAAGUGGUAUGCUGGAGUUGAUUGCAUGGGAUGAGGUGUUGCAGUUUGCAGUUAGUUGCAGGUGAAGUCAGCUAGUAGGUGUGAGGCUAGCACGGUCCUGAGUUGCUUGCUCCUGUGUGCGUGCUUUUGCUGCCAUGCAUUUCAUGGCGCACCCAUGGAAUGUCCACGCUCUUUGAUGU